UGAACCGCUCCAGGGACGGCGCUCUAGCCGUGCGGAAGGCUGCCCAGUGCGCUGCCUCGUCCCGCUUCCGGCCGGUCUUCGUUCCGCUUCCGGUCCGACGCUGGCGUCAUUGCUAAGGGUCACAUUGAGCUUCGAGGGGCUUCAGGAGCAUCCUUAGGAGUCAGCACUAUGGCAGAGGACAUCAAGACCAAAAUCAAGAACUACCAGACUGCUCCCUUUGACAGCCGCUUCCCCAACCAGAACCAGACGAGGAACUGCUGGCAGAACUACCUGGACUUCCACCGCUGUGAGAAGGCAAUGACUGCUAAAGGGGGUGACGUCUCCGUGUGUGAAUGGUACCGGCGUGUGUACAAGUCCCUCUGCCCCAUAUCCUGGGUGUCAGCCUGGGACGACCGCCGGGCAGAAGGCACGUUUCCUGGGAAGAUCUGAACUGGCUCCGCCCCACCUUCUCUGUCCUCCGUCCUUCUCCCCAGGGUGGUGAAGGGGGACCUGGGUACAUAGUGAUCCCCACCCUGGGGUCCUGAAUCAUGGCUUAACUAAUAAUAAAUACUCGUUGGAAGAGUGUAAGGCUGUGUAUAUGUAAAAGAGCUGGAUGAUGGGGCCAGAAGCUGGGGCGGAAUUAGUACCUUGACCAGUAAGAGAGACUGAAUUCAGGGUGGUUUUUUUUUUCUUUUUUUAAAUUUUUCUUUUCAUAAACUUUGACCACCUCUUCAUUACCAGACAGUAGAGUGAGUGAUUAUACAAAAUAGCCUCAUGUUCCUGUAUGUGCUAAAAUUUAUCUGUAUGUUCUCCUUUAUUAUCUGUAUAAUUUUUAAAAACUUAUGUUUUGAACCACAUGAAAAUAGUAUAAUAAAAACUCCUAUGUACUCAUCA